UUGCGUCGUGGAGUUUGGGCUUGAGCAGUGAAAUGCCGAUGGUUAUGACAAGACGCACGAGUUUGUUGAAUGUCAAGAUGGGAGACAAAGGCGAGCGAGUUCACUAGAUCAUAUAGUUAUGGCGGAUUCAGGUCCUGUAUCGCUGCGAGCCCGUAUGAUACGAUCCAUCAGGCUUUGACUGUGAGUGAUGGGGAGGCGUUGUCGAGGUGGGAGCCCAACCCUUCAUAACCUCCUUCCUCACGCGCUGCCUUCACGUCAACUGAACACACCACUCAAACAGACCUCAACUUCGUCCCCGUUGUGUAGAGAUUUU